AUGGAGCUUCCAUACGAGGUGUUAGUUUAUCUCUUUCAAUAUCUACCUAAAUCUGAUAGAAAAGCUGCAAGUGAGACUUGCCGAUCAUGGUACUUAGCUGCAAACGAUCAAAGUUUUUUAAGAAAAAAGGCAGCUAUAUUUUACAAAUCAGUAUUAAAUGACGAAUCAUCGUCGCCACUACAAAUCUUUGAAAAUUCACCGAUAAUAUAUAGCAAUUACUUAUUUAGUGAAGUAGAAAUAUCAAGCAAACAAAAUGAAUUUUGGAAUAAACUAGGAGAGCAUAUUAGAAGCUUGACUUUUCGAAAUUGCGAUAUUUGUGAGAAUACAUUUGUUUAUGUAUUGCAAAAGUGUACAAAUCUGGAAAUUUUAAAUGUACAAAGUUGUAAAGAUUUAUUUAUGUCUGGACGGUUACUAGAAGGUAAAACAGAAGGUCUUUUAAAUGAAAACUUAGAAAAUUUAAAAGCUUUGGGCUUAUCCGGUAAUCAGUUUUUAACUGAUGCACUCUUUAAUAGAUUUGUAUCAGCAGCACCUGCUUUAGAGGAAUUUAACUUAUCAGCAUGCUCUCUACAAUUCCAUGGUGGUUUAGUUAAAAAAUUCUAUCCUCCUACUACUGAUGUCUUUCAAAACCCGUCAGAGAGUGUUAUAACAUUUUACUAUAUAUUACAGUUUAUAAAAGCUAGAGCUAGCAAUAUAAAACGGUUGUAUUUUUCAAAUACUCUCAUUGAUGGUACAGCACUUAAGUCUUUAUCAGAAAUAGAUAAUUUACAGCUGGAAUCACUUGAAGUACAUUCCUGUGAUCAACUUACCAAUACAGGCCUACUUGCUCUAACUAAUCAUCAAUCAUCCUUGAGGGAACUCGAUAUAGGGUUGUGCACUCGUGUGACAGACCAGUCACUUGUACAUAUAUGUAAAAACCUAGUCAAUUUAGAAUACCUUAAUAUUCAGAGAUGUCGAGCUGUAACAGACUUGGGGAUAACUGAAUUGCAUAAGCUAAAGAAAUUGAGGUCACUGAAUAUUUCCCAAUGUGAGCUAUUAACAAAAGAGGGUGUCAAAAAUGGUAUUUGUGCUGAGGAAAAUAACACCUUAGAGGAAUUGGACAUAAAUUCCCUAAAUAUAGAUCAAUCAGGACUGAUAAUGAUUUCAGAGCAACUUCCAAAGUUGCGCAUAUUAAACUUGAGCUACUGCUUCAAUGCUGUCACAGACACUUCUAUACAAGUAAUAUUUAAGAAUCAACUAUACCUUCAAGUAUUAAAAAUGAGCCAUUGUGAUAAGGUAUCGGAUGCGGGUUUAACUGGUAUGGGUAAGGUUGAAUCAGAAGAGGGUGUGAAUGGUCCAAUUAUGUCAAAUUACAAUGAAACUCAAAUGCCAGGAAAGAUUUAUCUCGGUUCCAGAGCUGAAGAAGAAAUAGUUCGUGAUGCUAGAAGAAAACGAGAUGUCAUGCUUAUGUGUGAGAAAUUAACAAUGGAUUCAUACUCAGGUUAUUCCUUAGCUCGUUUGAAACAUAUUAAGGAGUUGGACUUGAGUGGAUGUAAUAGGAUAACAGAUGUAAGCUUGACCUAUGCAUUCAACUUCAAGGAACUGGUCAAUAUGAACUUAAGUAAAUGCCAACAAAUUACUCACAGAGGUCUGGAACAUUUAGUAAGGACUUGUCCAAGUAUUGAAUACUUCAACCUCAUAGAUUGCUACAAUUUAAAAGAUGAAGCUGCAGAUGAAAUAGUCAAAUAUUUAAGAAGAUUAAAGCACCUUGAACUGAGGGGGUGUAAUCAACUUACGGAUCGGACACUAGAGGCAGUAAAAAAACACUGCGAUAAACUUCAAUAUUUGGAUGUGCAAGGUUGCCGCAACAUGUCGCCAGAACUUGCCUGUACCAUUGGCUCAUUGCCCACACUCCAUACUGUUUUAAUGUCGAAGCCUGGUCCGUACAUUGCAGAUGGAAAAAAACAAAGAGAGCCGGCCCCAGCGUUCUUGCCCGCGUUAAUGAGAAAGUUACGUUUACAUUAA